GAGAAGCAGCCAUGCCUUACCUGCAUCGCUCCCUGAGGCCCCAGCCGCACCCGGUCCCCAGGGAUGCCAGGGCCAUCCACUCCUCGGGCCAGAGCUUUGAGCAGCUGCGGCAAGGCUGCCUGCAGUCUGGCACCUUGUUCGAGGAUCCCGACUUCCCAGCCACCAGUGCCUCCCUCUUCUACAGUGAGAGGCCCCAGGUCCCUUUUGUGUGGAAACGGCCAGGGGAAAUUGUGGAAAACCCAGAAUUCAUUCUUGGAGGGGCCACCAGGACUGACAUCUGCCAGGGGGAGCUGGGAGACUGCUGGCUCCUGGCAGCCAUUGCCUCCCUAACCCUCAAUCAGAAAGCGCUGGCCAGGGUGGUCCCACAGGACCAAGGAUUCCGCUCUGGCUAUGCUGGGAUAUUUCACUUCCAGUUCUGGCAGCACAGUGAGUGGCUGGACGUGGUGAUUGAUGACCGUCUGCCCACCUUCCGGGACCGCCUGGUCUUCCUCCACUCUGCCGACCACAACGAGUUCUGGAGCGCGCUGCUGGAGAAAGCCUAUGCCAAGCUUAACGGCAGCUACGAGGCGCUGAAGGGGGGCAGCACCAUCGAGGCCAUGGAAGACUUCACCGGGGGUGUGGCCGAGACCUUCCAAACCCGAGAGGCGCCGGAGGACCUCUACGAGAUUCUGGAGAAGGCCUUGAGGCGCGGGUCCCUGCUGGGAUGCUCCAUAGACGUCCUGAACGCCUCGGAAUCUGAGGCCCGCACACCUUUUGGUCUUAUUAAGGGCCAUGCCUACACUGUCACUGGACUGGACCAGGUAACUGUCCAAGGCCAGCGAAUCCAGCUCAUCAGGGUCCGGAACCCUUGGGGCCAGGUGGAGUGGACCGGGCGCUGGAGUGACAGCUCUCCUGAGUGGCGCUCAGUGAACCUGGAGGAGCAGAAGCGCCUGGGUCACACCGCCCUUGACGACGGGGAAUUCUGGAUGGCAUUUGAGGACUUCAAGACCCAUUUUGACAAACUAGAGGUCUGCAACCUCACGCCCGAUGCCCUGGAGGACAGCUCCCUCCACAGGUGGGAAGUGACCAUCCACCAGGGAAGCUGGGUCCGGGGCUCCACAGCCGGUGGCUGCCGCAACUUCCUGGUCUCUUUCGAGGUGGCCCAACAGUUUAUCAGAACUGUGUGA